UAAAUAAAGAAUUUUGUAGCAUAGUAAAAUAGUAACAUAACAUAACAAACAAACAAAUAAUUAAUUCAUAAUAAUGUAGUUGGUCACACACGUACUUUCCAGCAAUAACAAAGAGUGGAAUUUGUAAAUUAGACUAUGUGUUUUUACCUGGUAUUAUUCUCUUAUGGAUGAAUUGAAUAAGAUUAGGCCUACCAUGAGCAUAUUUCCGCUGAUCCUUGUAAUGUCAUAAUGACAUUAGAAGCUGAAGGAGUUGGUCGUUAUUAUUUAUGACAUGGGAAUUUGUAGUCUUCGGACCUUUUUCCUGACAAACUGUGUGGUCCAGUUGAUUCUAACAGCUUGCCGUCAGGUUUUCGACUUCCUUGGGUACAUGUGGGGACCAAUUUUCUCAAACUUUUUCCAAAUAAUAUUUACAAUUUUUGGGUUUUUUGGGGUUUAUCAAUAUCGUCCUAAAUACAUUAUCGUGUAUUCAGUUUGGUGUGUAUUUUGGUGCAGUUGGAAUAUUUUCGUUGUCUGUUUCUAUUUGAAUCUGUUCGGACUGGAUAAGGACAGUGAUCUGCUGAGUCUAGGCACGGGCAGUGUCAGUUGGUGGGAGACGGGUGGUCCAGGCUGUAAGCCUGUGUUCCUGGCCAACCAAUCACUGGAGGGGGAGCCGUGGCGACCGCUGCGGCCAGACUUUGUCACUGACUGUCUGUUGCGUUACGAUCACCUGGAGGCCGGCCAAGCCAUCCUACAUCUCCUCACUUCGGUUUUUGGUUUAAUAUCGGGAGUUAUAAUUGCCUGGUCCUUAUUUGAUGAAGAUGAUACAUUUGACUUUUUGGGUGAAUUUGAGUCAAAAAGCCCUCAGCAUCUAGCUCUACAGCCCAUGUAUGUGCGCCACGCCACUGUGCCUUCUGCUUCCGACAGUCUUCUCACUCUCACGCGGAGCCUCAACAAACACCGUGCAUCUCCACCCGGUAAAAAGAAGAAGGUGAAUGAACUGCCGCCGCUCUACUCCAUAGAGUACAGCAUGAGACGUCCUUCAGAUGACAAUAUUCACGAACCGGAAGAAGAUCCUGAGUCUCGGUUGUCUUCCCCACGUCCCAUGACUCCGCGGCGAGUGAAGCGUCGCAGUGUCAACUCACGAGGAGUGCCUCUACAGCGGCCGCACUCGACACAUCUGUCGCACAGUCAGCGACACUCACACUCGAGGUCGUCGGCACGCUCGUCUCAGCGUAGACAUCGAGUGUCCCAUCCCAGUCCGGUCACCCGGCUCAUAGAUCAGCAGCAGAAGCAAGACGUCAGCAGACUGGUGGGUCACACCAACCCCAUGUACCAGCAGAGCUCAAGUAACUCGCUGGAUCUUGACUGUGACCGGCCGUCGUCUGCGAGGUCUGUCUACUCCAACUACCACGGCACUCGAGCGUUCACGUACACAGCUCAACCCCCCUCCACCUUCCUCAGCCGAGGACCUCCCGCCUACUCUCCUGACAAGACUGAGACUGUCAUUUGAAUAAUCAAAACAAAUACUAGCGAUAAAUGUAAAAAUGAGUUAGGGUAAUGAUGUCAUCAUCACUGUAGAUUUUAUUAUUUAGUGCAAAAUGUUAAACUUAAAAGUAGGCUAAUUUAUUUAGAGGGGAAUAAUUAACAUGCCUUGAGAGUCAGCAUCCCAAGUGUGUGGGGAUGUCUCCUCCCACCUCCCUUCUGGUGACCCACUAGCGGAUAUCUUCUUUGCCUGUGUUUCUGACCAUGGGUUAACCUUGAGGGAAACUGCUAUUGUAAAAAGUGUAAUUAUAAAAUCCUCCUGUUCGUUCUCCAACUGCUGGUAGCUUUUUAAUUGUUAAAAACUGAACCUGGGGGCUGUCCAUGCCGUUGGGUUUCAAUGAAUGGUAAAAAAUGGCCUAAAACUAAAAACAAUAACCAAAUUUUUAUUAACAAUGUAUUAAAACUUGUUGCUAAAAGCUACGGUAUUUUAAUGAGAAGUAAAACAACUAAAACCAUCACUAACUCGCAUCUUUUAUGUAAAAGAAAUUGCAUUUUUAACUUAGCCAAUACAAGGUUUUUUUGUUAACAUUUUGUUCCUGAGAAAAGUGUUCUAUUCCAGUGUGUUUUUAAAUAAGACCUACGAACUUCUCUAUUAUUGUACACCCAUUUAAUAAAAUCUUCAAGAAAACGUACUCACAAGGAAUCACCAAAAUGUAUGACAUAAAAAAAAAGUAAUACAGCUGAAAAAAUGGUAAAUGUACACCUCGUUUGUACAUACAAAAACCUUUAUUUCCUCUUUUUUUUAGAAGAAAAUAUCAAAGCAUAACCUUUAGCAGUGGCGUAACUAGAACAUGGCUUUGGGGGGGAUGGAU